AUGCAACCUUCAACGAUAGAUACAUAUCGACGUCUUGGUCCUCAAUUGAAGACAGUUGUUCUUGAACCAAAUCACCCUUUUUUGUGCGUAUACGUAGUGAUUGUUAAUUUCUGUUUUCUUUUUCAGUAUGGCAGCGACGAGUUCGGCACAUCCCAACAGCCGCACGAUGGCUCACCUAGGUACACCUCGCCUGGCGGCGGUCCAGCGGCGGCCCCAGCGGGGUACUACAUCGGGGCGGACGGGGCACCCGCACCCGGACAGCCUACGGCAGCUGGAGGAGCGGCGGCUGCCGCUGAUUGGCCGCCCACGCCCUACACAGCAUAUCAGACAUACGAGGCGUACGGUUUGAUUCCUGAAACAGACACGGCAGCUGGAACGGGCGGCCAAGGUUUGCCGCCCAUGUCCUCACUGCGGCCCAACGGGGCGGCAGCACAAGCAGCCACAACCACGGCGGCCGCAGCAUUCGUUCACGCCGCGGCGGCGGAUGGCGUUGUCUCAAAGGCACUCGGAGGGAUCUACUCGUCAUCAGCUCCAGUGGAACCGGCGAGCGCGAGCAGUUACGGUUCAACCCCUUCGACGCCCGUCUCAUCGCCACCGCCGCUCGCACCGGCAGCGUGGCUCGCCGCCGCGGCGGCCAAUCACGCAGGCGCCACGCCGCAUUCGCCUCAUUACGCACAGCCCAAUGGGGCUCCUCAGGGAUUACAUAUGCCGCCUGCCCCAGAAGCACAGCAGCGUUUAGACGAUGCUAUUGGUUUCCUAAGGGACCAUGCUGAGGCAACGGGCACCCGCAUGGAAGAAAGACUGGACGACGCCAUAAACGUGUUGAGGAACCACGCCGAAUCCCAACUGGGCCUGGUCGGGCAGCUACCGAGCAACCUAGCAGCCGCCCAUCAAAUGACACAGCUCGGGUACCCAGUGCCGCCACCUCCUGACACUCAUCUACCCGAUCCUAUCAAAGUGGAAAGGCCUACUUACAACACAAAAAAACGAAAAGAACCUCCAGACAGUGACACGAAACCAUCGAGUUCUGUAGACAGCAUACCAGGACAGCCCAACGCUGCAGGCGCAGGAUCGCAAAAGACGAAACGCUCAAGGAGAUAUUGUCCAAGUAAUACCGAUGAAGACGAAACCGAAGACCCCACCAACAAGGCCGUACGCGAAAGAGAGCGUAGACAGGCAAAUAAUGUCAGGGAACGGAUACGUAUUCGCGAUAUAAAUGAAGCUCUGAAGGAAUUAGGUAGGAUGUGCAUGGCACACCUAAAAACUGACAAACCGCAGACGAAACUUGGCAUCUUGAAUAUGGCUGUAGAGGUCAUCAUGACUCUGGAACAGCAAGUUCGAGAACGAAACUUGAACCCUAAAGCAGCCUGUCUGAAAAGGCGGGAAGAAGAAAAAGCGGAAGACGGACCUAAACUGGGUCCAGGACCACAUCACUUGCUCUCUGCUCCACAUUAUCCUACAUUGCCUAGUAGUAACAGCCAAGAACAGUUCAUCCCAGAAAGUUCACCUACAUACUCUUCCACACCAAACUUUUUUAAGGGUGCUCCGACAGCUCUGACACACACGCCAGGCCCCGGGCCCCAAUAGCAUUGAUAGUAUUCCCUUUGCUACCUGUACAUAAUUUCUCGUACAAAAACGGCAUCAUCAUUUUCACCAUACAUCAUGCAUAAACGAUUCUAUAUUUUUUUAAGAAUAUUUACGUAGUGAUACAGAAACUGUAUUCUUAUUUUUUUAUUACUUAUAUCUUCACUUAAUUUUUUGAUUGUUUUUCGUAAUUCGAUUUUAGAGAAAACAGCUUUACUAUCUUUUUCAUUAAUGUUAAGCGUCAUCGGCGUAGCUGGAGUACUUCCAUUUGGACAGGUGUCAAGUGCAGGUACUAGCUGAUGUAAUUUUUAUGGAUAUAAUGGGCGCAUUCGGGGAAUCACAGCGUUGAACGGUUUCGGUUUGACUCAAAGCUUUGCAGAGCUGUCAAUCCCUUGGGGCCGGAGGUGUCGCAUAUAGGCAUUUAUUAUCGACUAAUUUUGAUUUUUGAACGGUAAAGCAUGCUUUUGGAUUUUUCUUCUUAUUGCAAUGAGUAUACAUGCAGGUUACGCUCCUCGCACGGCGGUAUCGUGGUGUGUGCCUACGAGGCGGCGUGGUGCAACUACAAAGCGAUUGCGAGAUGGGGAACAAGCAGCUUUAAAGAACAAGGAAACAGUGGCAUGGGUAGGAUUAAAUUUGCUCCUAACAGUCGACACUGAAAGUUAAUUUUCAGCUCCAUUUUUCUUCAUCUCUCAAUUUGUUUACUGAGCAGCAAUAUUAACAUUAACUCUUCAAUUUAAUAACCUGAGAACUCGUAUGAAAUCGUAUAUUCAGUGUCUCAAAUUUUGAGUAUGUGAAAAUCUCAGCGACUUUGGUAUCCAUGUAAUUCAAAUAUCUGCUAACAUGAAGCGAUUGUUUGUUGUGUAAUUUUUUUUCAGCAUCCAUUUUUAUUAAAAUCACUCCAUGAUAAAUGGCUAUUUUUAGUGACACCUUCUUAGUACCCAGACUAUUAAUAAAAGACAUUUGAAAUUUCUACAUAUAAUUAUGGAAAAUUUUACUAUAUUCUGUAGCGGCUUUGUUCAUGUCUUCCAUAAUUUAUACUGUAGGAAACCAAAGUGGGCAUUUGUCUUUGAAUUUUUCUGACAUCCCUUUUUUCAACUACCUACUUGCAACAUUAUUCUAAAUCCUUUUUUACUUCAUGAUGUGUAUGGAGAUGACUUGAAACUAUCGUUUUAAUUUUGUUUUAUCAUUGUCAAAUGCAUUUUUUGUGCGUUUUAUUCUGGAUUUUUUCUUCGAUCGUAACUUGUUAACAAAUAUUAGUACAGCUCUGCAAUUGCAUGUGAAUAUUCCACAUUUAUGGAUGAAUGAAACAAGUGAUUAAUUUUAAUGUUAUCACUUUUUCUCUUCGAAAUAUAUUUGCUUUUCUUGACUUGCUUUGAGACGAAGAUUCAAGAAAAUCAAAGUGAUAAGAACAAAAGUAAUCACUUGUUUCAUCCUGCCAUAAAAGAGGAAUAUUCACAUACAACUUUAGAGCUGUAUUUAUAUUUGUUAACAAGUUCCGAUUGAAGAAAAAAUGCACAAUAAAAUGCAUCAAAAAUGAGAACAGUGUUUUUUAGUCAUCUGUAUACACACCACGAACUUAUCAGAUGAAAAGGAUUUAGAAUACUGUUGCAAACAGGCAGAUGAAAAAAAAUCUCAAAAUAGGACGUGCCACCUUAAUGUAUAUGGUAUCUAUUCCCUUUGAACAUGUUAUUUCAGCUAUUGAAAAGAUUCGACGGAACGUGUUACUUGCAGCUACGUCAUCUUUAAAUUUUUAUACAUGGUUAGAGACUUUAAAACGUGCAUCGUCCAUUGUGCCAAAUUAAUAAUACUCUUUAAAUAUAAGUUUAGUAUUAUUUUGAUCUCUAUAUUGCCAUUUUUUUUUUCGUAGAUGGAGGAUAAGCGUGAACCGUUUACUUAUAGUUUUUCGCACAAAAUAUUUAAAUUCGAAGAAUACAGUUGUUGUCCAGAGCAUAUUAAUGAUCGUUGACGAAUAGAUGACUUUUGCUUGAAAACGUCAAAUUCAUCCUGAAAAUAUGCAUAGUUGUCUAAUCAUAUUAGCAAAUUUCCCCGAAAUAAUGGUAAAGCAUCGUUUUAUUGAUGCUGUUGUUCAAGGCGGUAUUUAAAACAUGGACGCAUAAAAUAGGUACAUUAAUUUUUAUGGGAAAACUUUUUAUUCGACAACAAAGAAUGAGAAAACGUGUUUUUUGGGAUGUAAUCGAAAGUGUUGACAGGAAUGAAAAAACUUUUCAAAUAAGAUUUUUAGGUAUCUAUGAGCUCCGUAACAGCGUUAUAGUUCAGUAAUCUUAGACAUUCCUGAAGCUUGGAAUAUAUUAAAAAAUGUUUAAUUUUAAAAGGAGGACUGCGUUAUUUGGUAUGAUCACUUAUACAAGAUGAAACGAUCGUCUUGAAGCCGAAAAUGACACGUUUUAUACCAUCCGCUAAAACGCACUUUUGUAAUAUGGUCAUUCCUACAAUACCCCGCCUAACAGCGUUAUAUUCGGUUUUUUUAGACAUUCUUAAAGCUCGGAAUAUAUUAAGAAAUGUUUAUUUUUGUGUCCAUAAAAGGACACCGUUAUACGGUAUGAUCCAAUAUUGGAUGGAACGAUCGUCAUGAAGCCGAAAAUAACACGUUUGAGACGAUCCUCUUGCACGCACUUACUUUUGUAACAUGUUUAUACCUACAAUACCCCGCCUAAUAGCGUUAUAGUUCGGUAAUUUUAGACAAUCCUAAGCCCGGAAUAUAUUAAAAAAUGUUUUUUGUGUUCAAAAAAGGUGGACAGCGUUAUUCGGUAUGAUCCAAUAUUGGAUGAAACGAUCGUCAUGAAGCCGAAAAUGACACGUUUGAGACGAUCCGCUUGCACGCACUUACUUUUGUAACAUCUUUAUACCUACAAUACCCCGCCUAAUAGCGUUAUAGAUCGGUUAUUUUAGACAAUCCUAAGACCGGAAUAUAUUAAAAAAUGUUUUUUGUGUUCAAAAAAGGUGGACAGCGUUAUUCGGUAUGAUCCAAUAUUGGAUGAAACGAUCGUCAUGAAGCCGAAAAUGACACGUUUGAGACGAUCCGCUUGCACGCACUUACUUUUGUAACAUGUUUAUACCUACAAUACCCCGCCUAAUACCGUUAUAGUUCGGUAAUUUUAGACAUUCUUAAAGCUCGGAAUAUAUUCAAAAAUGUUUAUUUUUGUGUUCAAACAAGGAGGACAGUGUAUGCUGUAUGAUCCAAUAUUAAAUGAAACCCCAAAUGAAAGUGCCAAAACUUGCAGUUUGCCUCGCUUUUCGGCCAUAACUUUUCGGAUCUUUUUCUGUGUGUUCUCAUUUUGUAGGUCUCGUAAAUACCUAAAAAUAUUAUAUAAAGAGUGUUUUCGUUCCUGUCAACACUCGAUUGAAUCCCAAAAAACGUUUUUUUCAUUCUUUGUUGUCGAAUAAAAAGUUUUCCCAUAAAAAUUGGUGUACCCACUUUAUGCGUCCAUGUUUUGACUUUACAAAUAUUUCGCAAGCCAGGGGUAUUUUCGUCUAUAAUUAGAAAACAAAUUUGGAUAUCUAGAAUUUGAGAGAAAAAAUUUUAAUAUUCUGAUUUUAUAUCGGGGUCUUCAGGUCAUACAGAAAGACCCAUGGCCGCAAGAUACAAUUUUGCUAACUUAUUUGUUGAACAAAAACUGUCAUUCAAAAAAAAAUUGUCCAGGAUGAAAAUACUUUCAAUUUGAUGAAACGCUUAAUUUGUUAUUACAAAAAAAGUCAGAAACGCUCGAUUUGUACACUUUUUCACCAAAAAAUGCAUCACGGUAAAGCAAAAAUUGUUUUAUCUCUCGAUCAGGAUCGUUGUCAUAUAUCCUCAAAAAUACAAUGACGCUGUAAAACCGCUCAUUACAUUUUUUUUCAAAAACAGUCGAUUUUGUGUAGUCGGCUUGGUGUAAAUGCUGUCAUGUUACAUCCUAAGUAAUCGAUUCUUUUUAGUGUGCUCUGGUUUGAUGACCCACUAGAAAAUUUAAAAAGACACACCAAUGACGUUAUAGUGCCAUUUUCUUAGAAAUAUUAACUCCAACGUGUCUGUCAUCUGAAGUAGUUUGAAGUUAGCAGCAAAAUAAUGAUAAAGUUAACCUUGGUUUCGAGCUAUUUUCAAUUACAAUUUUAUUUGGAACAAUGUCACGUUAUUUAAAAAGAAUUGCUCAUUUUCGUACAUUUGCUCAUUUCAAUGUGCUCACUUUAGUUAAGUAAGUUUUCAGCUCUCAUAUACUGUUGGACAAUUUACAGUGAAGCGGAUGCAACCAGUAGAACAACUCACUGAAAAAACAUACUUGUUCGACCUAAAUUAUCAAACGAUAACUUGAACAUUAGUUUGAUAAACCUCUAUAAUCUUUAGACCACCACUGCCGCGCCAUUUUUUUUUGGACAUGAUUAAAUCCAUAUUAUCCAGGUGAUAUAUUACUUUUAAAAAGUACAUAAAACUUGCGUCAAAUAGUGUAAGUGUUGUCCAUUUAAUAUGUUUAAAUAUUGUGAGAUGCUAUUUGAAAUUGUAUCUGCUCAUAUAAAAUUGAUAUCUAGGUGCUUUGCAGUUUCUUCGGAUGUCAGUAGGUAUCACUCAAAAAGACCUCCAACCAUGUAUAAAUCCAUAGGUUUAUGAGCCAGUAUUCGCUUUUUGAACGAAAAGUCGUUACUUAUUUUUGUUGUAUAUAUUUUAUCAGCGGCUGAUUUUAUCUUUUAUUCUUUAAAACGAGCCACAGGUCUUUCCUAUUUGGAGUAUGCCGGUGAAAGUUAAACUUUUAACUUAUUUAUUUCAGAAAUACAAGAAUUUUAAAUUAUUUUUGUUUUCUAAAAUUUGAUUUCUACUUAGUGCAAAAACUUAAA